AAUUCAACCGCCGCACGAUAAGGCCGUGUCACGGAACAAUCACAUAUGUAACAAUUUUAAUACGUGAAUAUUAAUUACAUUAGAAAAUUUUAUUAAAUAUAUCACAUAACGUUCUAAUUCAAGUAAUUUUUCAUAUAUUUGUUAUAAGUUAUAUCGAAAGUGUAUUACGAAAAAUAAUACGUUUAUUUGUUGUUACUUAUUAGAAUGUAACAAAAUGGAGUCCUGACAAGAAUCACAAAAUGGAUCCGCAAGAACUAGUACCAUUAGAAUCGGGACUUCCCCGUCCUCGAGCGUCCCGUCAAUUCAGCAACAUCAACCGUUCCUGCUACAAGGGACCCCUGAGGAUCUGCCGGCUGAUCCUGCUCAUGAUAGUGCUGCCAUGUUUGUUUAUAUUCAUCCCGCUUUAUAUGAGGUACCGAGUAUUUUCAGGACAGAUCUAUCCCAUGGGUAUGACAGACAUGCGGCUUAUUGACAGCAAGAUAUCCCCGACGUGGUGUCAGAGACAGGUGGUAAAGUCUAAUGCUACCUUCAAUGCCUUCGUUGUCCCUGGGCCUCCGGAGCUGAUGGACGAGCUGGUUCCCGUCUCCAUGGUCCGGGAACUUCAGCUGGAAGAUGACAUGAAGGAAUAUUGGGGCUUCUAUCUUCUACAAGGAUCCACUGUUACCGUUUCGUCUUGUGUCAGAUGGCCGGGUGCCUCCCUCAUCAUGAUCAAAGGCUACAAACACCUCCAGGAGUGCGCGUACAUUGGAGAUGAUUCUUCUGAGGAGCUUGACGAACUGAUAGAAGCUCACAAGCUGGGUCUCCUCUCCAACACAACUCUUCUUGAGAAGCUGACACAACUGAACAAAGAAAAUGGCAAAGCCAACCAUCCGGGUACAAUGAAACGUCACAAGGCUGGCGUUAGCUUCCACGACCCGAGCCAGUCAAACCAGACGACAAACGAUGCAUCAUCAGAAAAAGUGCCCUCCCUUGACAUCACGGACCAUGACCCCAAGGAACUCCGAGCUAUACUGGACUAUCUUCACGAUAUACGAGAAGCAGCGAAGAUAGAGAAGGCGAAGUACUACCAGCCUCCAUCGCACCUGAUGCCGCUACCGGGACUCCACAGGCAUAGAGACACCAACGUUGAUAGAGACGAGAGGAGAUGGAUCUCAUUUAAAGAUAUCGAUGGAAAUAUCAGAGAUAAUGUGACAUCUAGCAGAAAUAUUACAUCAACUGAAACCACGCUCAACAAACCGUUACACCAAGCAUAUAACGAACACACGCACAAGGGCUCCAAGAAUAUAACAAGUGAGAACAGUAUCAGAAGUGACGAGACUCUCGGAAACAAGAAGGUUUAUUUAUCAGACAGGAGAAAUGACACUAAACAAGUGAAGGAGGAUCAAAGCUCCAGAGAAGUGUUUGAAAAUGUUUUGAAGCAGCUUCAAGACUUGGGCGACAGAGGAAAGAGAGUGCUGGUGAAGCUACGCCAAGCCAUGGCAGGUAGUUUAAACGAAUCGUCUUCAGACACGUUGACUGGCAGUGACGAGGAGUUAGAUCACUUGAGACAAGUGUUGGUGGAAGCUAUCGACGAGGAGAAGACCCGAGGAGAGAGACAAAAAAAACGUCGAGAAUCUUUUUCGGAGGCAAGAAACAAAAGAGAAUUGAUGCUGGGCAGCGCCGAGCUGAAGAGACAGCUGACAGAAGACGACGCAGCCAGAGACUACGCCGCUGAGGAGGGUCUGGAGCCGGAUGGGUUCGCGGAUCACCACGAUCAAAUCAACGAGACCACAGCCUUCGACAUGUCCAACUCGGAGUUCUGGUCGUCUUUCUCCAGCAGCGAGGAGGCGUUGCUGGAGUGCGAGGGCCUCAUACUGAACCUGCCCCUCACUCCGCACGCCUCCUGCACCCCGACCGCCUCGGACGAGGACGUUAUGGCGGCGUCAGCGGCCAAUGCACUCACCUACAGGGUGCCAGCUAACGGGUACUAUUUCUUUGUAUUCAAUUCUGAGAACGAAGUUCAGGUCAACCACAUACGGGCGAGGUUUGACCUCCAGAAGACACGAUACGAAGUGACACGCGCCGCGCUACGAGCGUGCACCAACGCGACCAGCCGCUGUGACCUGCCUCUCGAUAUGUUUUCUACUCAGAAGGUUGUUUUAGAGCUUCCUCUGAGGAACAACGAUUCUCUUUGGAACGAACAGUUCGUCAUUGUAUCUGAGUGUGAGCCGCGGACCUCCGUGUACUUGACUUGCGCCAUCGCUGUACCUAUACUCAUAUUAGCGUUUGCGUUUCAGUAAUUUAACACGUCUUUUGUUAAUAUUAAUUAAAACUUGAGGAUUAUUAUCCGUCAAUCAUCAGAAACUAGAUCGUUAUAUAAUAAUAGACAUUACAGGGAUUUUUUAUGUAGUAAAUUGCGUUUUUGUUAUAUUUGUUAAUUUUUUUUCAUCGAAUAUAUCUAAGAUAGCAAACCUCCAGCGGGGAAUGUGUUUUAUACAUCCCUUUUAACACGGGACCAAUGUUUUAGGUAUUAGGGCCACGAAAUAUCACAUGAUGAUAGCCUACCGCCUGCAUCGUGUGCGCUACAAUAUUUUUUAAGGUGCAACAAAUGUUGUUACAGGAUUUAUGUGCCAAUAUUUGUAUGAAACCUUUUUGCAAGAAACGUUAUCUGCUUGACUUAAGAAUGUAUAGGAAAUAUUAAAUGAAAGUAUUUACGAAAUGAUUUAUGAUUAAAAAUAAUCUUAUCAUUUAUUUAAGGUGCCAAUACAUUGUAAGGAAAAUAUAAUAAUAUAUUUUUCCCUGUAUAUUGUUAGUUUUUUUUUAUAUUCAUUGUUUAAAUCACAUAUUAUUGGUUGUGAUGUUACUACGUGUAUAUUAUAUACAAGAAUUUAUAAACUAAUGAAAUUUAUUACAUUUUUGAUAGCUUUAUAAACAAAUUCUUAUAUUUUAGUUGUAAGUUUAUUAUUAAGGAAGAAAAUAUCGAAUUAUUUGUACAUGUUUUUACAUCGGAGGCUGUUGUUGUGAUACUAGUCAUAUCGGAAUAAAAUAAAAAGAUAUUCACAGAAA